GUGGAGUUACGCGGCUACCGCGACGUACGAGAAUCAUAGAGAGAACGAUAGAAUGCGGGGCGCCGCGCGACACGGAUAUAAGAAAUGAGAAAAGUAAACUCGCCGAAAGAUUAUAAAUCGCACAGCUGUUUUCCGUUCUCCGUCGCGCGAGUGUGUCGGCUCGAUGUUUUUCAUUUAUAUACGUACGUAGUGGAGCGACGCGUACAGCGAGCGCGACACGAGCGGUCGGCCGAUGAUGUCAGAUUUAUAUAAGAGUUUAAUGUUAUCAAUUCGCGGAAACGGCUAGGCACCCGAUUGUAACGCUAACAAUGCAAAUAAAAUUACCGCAAGACGUAGAUCUUGGUGUUUUUGAGAAACGCUUCAAGAGCGCGCCGAUUUAAAGAUCCCGUUUAAGAUCUCUUUCGAUUUAUAAUGAUUAUAUUGUGAAUAUAAUUAAAUUUAAAGUAUUCCGCUAUCAAAUGUAAAAUUGCGAAUACGCAAUUUCGCGACGAUAGCGACGAUAAUCAACGGCAAUUGCAAUGCGAUUGCAAUUUAGAAAUUUUAUUUAUACGUUAUAAAGCAUCGCCGGUGUAGAAUUGGUUGAAAUAAAUUCUCAGUCAUCACGGUUGACUCUGAAAAUUACUCUGAAAUUUAACGAGGUCGCGAGCGGGAAUGGUCCCGUCGGUUUUUACGAGCCGACCGUCUCCGCUAAAUUUAGGGGAUCUCGUCUCCCGUGAGAUGCGCGUCACUAUAAAAUCCCGUUCGUGGUUUUCGAGUCGAGGCUGUGCACGUUGGCGCGAAGAUGUCAGGGCCGGUUUCUUAACAGCAGCCUCAAGGCCUUAUUGGGUAAAUACGGAGCACCGGCGUUACGCGAUGGCGCGCUGGCAGAAAGUUAACGUAACAACCGUACUGUGUCGGAUGUUAAAAUGUCGAUAUCAAUAUUUGCCGCGCGUCUCCUAGGGAUCGUGAUUAGUGUAUCACGAUCGAACACUCGUCACAUAGGUCUAAGCUAUGGCACCGAAAAAUAAAGAAAAUAGCAAACGGAAGAAGCAGCAAAUGGAGGACGAGGGCGAUGAGGACUAUCGGAAGCGGCGAGAUCGGAAUAACCAGGCUGUGAAACGAUCCAGAGUGAAGAGUAAGUUACGCACGCAACAAACCUUGGAACGAGUAAAUCAGCUGAAAACGGAGAAUGAAUUGUUGGAGGAAAAGAUUAAAAUGCUUAACAAAGAGCUUGGCUUUCUCAAGGAUCUCUUUCUCGCACAUGCAGGUUCCAGUCAACACUCCAUAAACGUUCAAGAUAUAGAUCUAACUGCUCUUUUGGCGGAAGAGAAAUCUACAGAAGAUUCGAUGAAGACUACCACUAAGCUGUAGAUUGACACAAGCACCACGCGAAGCGAUUAGCGUGGUAUUAAAUCUGAAAAUGCGAGAAAGCAUUCUGGCUCGCUUAAUCAAAACGACAAGUGGACAUCUUGGAAAGAUGUCUACUUUAAAUUUAUCGUGAAAGAUUUUAAACGAGCGUUCUCGGAGCGCGAGCCUUCCAAGUUGUAAUAUCGAAUUAUCACCAGCUAAAUUUACAAUUUAUUGAAAACUAAUGGAGGCGAGAGUGCAAACUGUGGUAGAAUCGCGGGGAACUUGCGAUAAAUUCGAGUACGGAAGUAUUCACUUUAAUCAUCAGCCAGGAAGACGAGACGAUCUUUGAUUUAAUAAACAGGAAAAAUGAUAAAAAUGAACAUCACUAUGUACGGGAUAUACGUGCAUAUAGAUAUUAGAACGGUACAUGUCACGAAUGUGAGAGAUGUGCUUUUACGUGCAUAUAGAAAUAGCUAUGAAAGAGAAUUUUAACACUUGUGAAUACCAUUUACAUAUAAUUUAUUUUAUUGACUAUGAUGUUUAUAUCUGUACAUUUCUGCAUUAUAUAUAGCAUUUUAAACAAAUUGAGAUGAAUUACAAACGCGUGCAAUAUAUAAAAUUUGAAAAUAUAUUUAUAAGCUGAAACUCAUAUUUUGAUGCAUUUUAUGAUGUGCAUCUUUGUACAAAUAUCAACAUGAGAAAUUAUUAGAUAUAUUAAUCUUUGUGAUUAUCGUUAAAGAUAUUUUUUCUUCGAACAUUUCCGGUAAACGUCGUUGUUAAAACGUAACCAAUAAUAUUGACUCCUAAUGUUGACUCCUAAAAAUAACAGUCGUAAUGUAUUUAAAUAUUACGAUUUGUAAAUAUCUAUGAAAGUAAAGGCAUUUGUAUGUACAACUACAUGAAGCAAUAUGCAUAUUGCAAGAAAUAUGCCUGAAAUAAAGUCUUCUGUCUUUUUU